GGAAGGGUAGAAGAUUCAGUAGAGGUGAGCAUGAAUGGCAGUGGUGGUGGUGGGCGACACAUGUAUUAUCAAGUGGGCCUCCAUGGAAGAAGGAUCCCAGCACAGGCAAGGGCAGGGAAGGUCCACAUCGCACUGGUGGUUGCAUGCUUAAUGCUGAUGCUGGGAUUUGGGAUGCUGUCAGUGUUGUCUGUGGCUGAGAGGUGGACAGGGUGCGGUGGUGCAGACAAAUCAAACUGGGAUUGUUGGUGGAAACAGAUUGUGAGCUGUGGGCAGGAUUUUGAAGUGCCUUUCCGCUCUAGUCAAUUGUUAGCAUGGAUGGCUAUGCUGGCACUGACUCGAUGGGAUGUGGAGAAUGGAUCUCAAGUGUAUAGUUCUCUUCUCAGGAUCUGGUGGAUUGUGAGCUUUUUUCUCACAACUGUCUGUGCGUCCUCAGCCGUUGUUCGGUUCGUAGAGAGGUCGCCAUCUCACAGCGACUUGUUUGUUGAUGACAUUGUGUCAUUCAUCACCUGGCCAAUUUCGUUUUUCCUGUUCUUUGCGGCUACUCUGGGCCGCACAGGGAUCCGGAUUGAGGAGCCACCCAUCAGCUGCUACACGGAACCGUUGCUAGAAGGUGAAGAGGAAUAUCCCAAGCCGGAGCUCACUCUAUAUGCAACUGCAGGAUUGCUCAAGCGGUUGUUUUUCCUAUGGAUGAACCCAUUGCUGCAGAAGGGAAAAGCGCGACCGUUCGAGUUGGAGGAUAUUCCUGUCCUAUCAACUCAGCACAGGUGUGGGGAGAUGUUCAAGGUCUUUCAGAAGAAUUGGGAGAAGCAGAAGAAUAUGGGUUUGAAGCCAUCUAUUGGACGCACACUCAUGGGUUCCUUCUGGAAAGCAUUUCUGGUAAGUGUGCUUGUGCGUUUUGCACACUCUUUCUUGGUUGGCCAUGACUCCAGGAGUAUUGGCCUUGUCACUUUUGGAGUCAUCUGAUCCUAGCAAAACCACUGAAAAAUAUGAAAGGUCUGUUUUGACUGACACCUAGGGACUGGUUGGUGAUUUUAGGGAAGAGAAAAAGACAAACGGGAGUUCCGAUUAGAGGCAAGGCACCCCCUCCCCUCCAGAAACCCUACUGAGAAUCCCUCACCAAGUAGCAAAUGCCCCUCAAGAAGCCAAGAGGUAAGUCCUCAGGCAACCCCUGUUCUGCAAUAAAUGUAUAACUAACAAGGCAGGGGACCUUUGGUCUCUCACUAAGAGCAACAGCAGGUGGCUCUAAUGGGUGGAAAAGUGGGCAUGAAUGAUUCAGCAUGUAUAGGACAACGAACAAAGGGUUCGGAAAAUG